AUGACAAGUGCCCCUCGCCCAAUCCGUCGUGUGAGAUCGGAACACGGCUCCCCUGCCAAUACUCCCCUGCUCGCCAUUGAGGAGAUGAAUAACCGGAUUCCUCACCUCGAUAUCUCGCUCUCCCCCUUUACUAGUAAUGCCACAAAUCCACCCUCCACUGUCUUCGACUAUCCGGACCACAAUCUCGAGCAGUUUUACUCUCCCGAGACCGAAGGAUUGCCGGAGACUCCAAACUUUAACGUGCCGCCAGUCGACUGGUCCACCUUCGGCAUAUCCUAUAGCCCCAACAAUGUCGCCACCACAUUUAGCCAGCCGCCCUCAUACGCAAGCUUCGACAACAACAACAACAACAGCAGCAGCAGCAGCAACAAUGCCAACCCUUUUACCCACGCUGGCCUUGCCCUCUCUUCCUCCGGUGAGCUCUCAGAGGUUGAAGAUUUCGGCCUCACCUCCAACGUAGGCAUAUCCUACUCCUGCGCCGACAAACUAGACGUGCACAGCAUCAGCGACGGCUCAGAGGCUGGUAUAUACCGUCUCAGCGCUUCCUCCUACGUAAACUAUCCACAGGAGCAGGUGCCAGGAUCCUCGCACAACCUGCAAUCGGUGGACAUCGAUUCAUUCCUCAAGACCGGCGCGGCACUAAGCCAGCCGCCACAGUCCUUCGAUAUCCCCGCUUCAACAGCACCGAGACUCAAUAAUCAUUACUCUACCUCGCAGAGAGGUAACGGUGGUAGCGCCUACCCUAUUCCCGUGGAGAGCCAGGGUGUUUUCACGGCCGUUGAUGAUGAACUCGUGCUUGUGUCGCAGGGAGGGUUUGUGGGUUCGGAACCCAGCAAUUUCCUGUGGGAUCCGGCUGCGUAUUCGGUUGCUACCAACGGCCAGAGUGGGGAUAUAGUCCCACUUCAACAACAUACCCAGUGGUUCUAA